AUGGAAUCAAAUUUUGUGCAAGCCGAUAACAGCAACUUGCCUAAGAUAGACGGAUUUAUGGUUGCAGAUUUCUUUAAGAAUAACGCUGAUUACUAUGCUGCAGAACAUAAGAAUGUGAAAACAGCAGUGUCUGCAAGGGAAUCCUAUGGAGACGAUGCGAUUGGCUAUGUCCAACUACAACGGGAGCAUGGGGUUUGUACAGUUAAGUGUAAAAUGUGCCCAGAGCAUAAAGUUAGAACCAAACCAUAUAAUGUGACGAUGAUUAUUAAUGAAAAUGACAGCGAAAUUAUGAGCUGUCAAUGCCACGACUGUGCUGCUUCAGCUGGAGGAUGCAAGCAUGCAGUUGCUUUUUUGAUGUGGGUCCUUCGCCGUUCUGAUGAACCUGCAUGUACUUCCAUAGAGUGCUAUUGGAAAAAGCCUACAUUGUCCAAAGUAGGGACUACGCUAAAAUAUAUUACUGUGCAGCAGAUGUCUAAAAAAGAAGUACCUCACAGACCGAGUUCAUCAGCACUUUAUACUGAAUUUAUUUCAGAAGCCAAAAAGAGAAAAAUUGAUAACUGUGAAUUGCUAAAAUAUCAGCAUGAUUUUAAGCAUAGUAAUGUGAUGCAGUAUUCAUUGCACUGUUUAGUAAUGGACCAAUCUCCAGAAAUUAAAGCAGAUGUAGACAAGUUUAUUGACGUGAUGAAAGCAACAUUUACUGAAGCUGUGAUAAGUACUAUUGAAGAAGCAACAAGGAGGCAGAACAAAAGCAGCUUGUGGUAUGAGAUGCGAUAUGGCCGUAUCACAGCUUCAAGGGCACAUGAAGUAAGUGUUUGUCAUACACCAGAUGGUUCAUUGGUGGCUUCUAUCAUGGGGGCAAAAAUACCUGAUACAGCUGCAAUGAGAAGAGGUAGAAAUUUAGAACUGUCUGUCCGAAAGACAGUCAGUAAUAUAUUGAAAAGAAAAAUCACCCCAUGUGGGCUUUAUGUGUGCAAAGAGAAUCCCAUGAUUGCGGCAUCACCUGAUGGUUUAAUAAAAGGUGCCGUUAUUGAAAUAAAAUGCCCUAGCAAGGCAAAAGCAAAAGACAGUUAUUUGAAAAACGGUGUUAUCACAGAAAAAUGUAAGGCACAGGUGCAUCUGCAAAUGUAUGCAACAGGGGUAAAAAAGAGCUAUUUUUGUGUUGCUGAUAGCAACUUUGAAGAAACGAAAAAUGUUGACAUUAUUUUAGUGACAUAUGAUAGUGAUUAUGUUAAUAACUUAAUACCAAAGUUAGCUACUUUUUGGCAAACAAAUAUUUACCCUAUUUUGUAUGGUACCAGUCUGUGA